AUGUCGACCUCACCAACACCCAAGACCAAACGUCCCCUCGAGGACACCUCCUCGCCCUCAAGAUGCGACCAGCCAGACGCAAAACGACCCGCCCUUGAUAAGUUUGUUCGGAGCGACGAGGAAGUCAAAGAAGAUGUCGCCAAGGAAGCCACCAAUGGUCUCCCCCCGAUUCCUGCUUCCGCCGGAGUACCACCAAUGCCCGACACCAAUGGGUCUUCUGGAAAGACUAACGGCGACAAGGCGGAUAGCACAAAGGACGACUCGGGAGAUGCCGCCGGUGCCGAAACAGAGUCGAAGCCCGCCGCCAGCACCACCAGCGCAAACACCACCCAAGCAGCCGCUCCUCCUGCCGACUCGCACGACGAGAGUGCUUGGAUCCACAUUCGGGCUGUCAUCUCCAGCCCUGAGGCCGCUACAAUAAUUGGUAAGGGCGGUGAAAAUGUUUCCAAGAUUCGCCAGAUGUCAAGCGCCAAGUGCACCGUGAGCGACUAUCAAAAGGGGGCAGUAGAGCGUAUCCUUACAGUCAGUGGCAUUGUCGAUGCUGUAGCAAAGGCUUUUGGUCUCAUCAUCCGGACACUGAACAAUGAGCCUCUGUCUGAGCCAUCUAGUGCUCACUCUAAGACAUACCCACUGCGUUUGCUCAUCCCUCACAUUUUGAUAGGAUCGAUUAUUGGAAAGGGUGGCGCGCGCAUCAAGGAGAUUCAGGAAGCUUCUGGGGCCCGCCUGAACGCAUCAGACUCAUGCUUGCCUCUUUCCUCGGAACGUUCCCUGGUCGUCAUGGGCGUUGCGGAUGCUGUGCACAUUGCUACUUACUAUGUGGGCAGCACUCUUUUGGAGCAGCUUAAUGACAGGUUCGGCGGGCCUGCUGCCUCUGCGUAUGCGACUCGUGCCGGCGGCCCCGUCGGAGCCGUUCCCGGUGGUAUGCAAGUUGUGCCGUAUCUCCCUCAGCCAGCGGGUGGCAACUACGGUAGCCGCGACAACUAUGGGCGUCGGCCCGAUCCACGCGCCGGCCAGAUUCCCCCGCCUGCCGCACACCCCUACGCGCCGCAGCACCCAUACGCGCCUCACCAACCGAACCCGGCGGUGCCUCCUCACUAUGGAGCUCAGGCAGGUGCUUACGGAGCCCAUGUCCCAGCGCCGCACGUGGGGCAUGCCGGCCCGCAGGUACAUGGCGCUCCCCAUCAACCGAUGCAUGGUCAGAUGCCAGGCCCCGGUGGUGCCAGCCUGACGCAGCAAAUUUACAUACCCAAUGACAUGGUCGGUGCCAUCAUUGGUAAGGGUGGACAGAAAAUCAACGAGAUUCGUCAAGUUAGCGGCAGUGUCAUCAAGAUCAACGAACCUCAGGAUAACAGCAACGAACGUUUGGUUACGAUUACGGGCACGGAGGAGUGCAACCGUAUGGCGUUGUACAUGCUCUACUCCCGGCUUGGUGAGUGUCAAAACCCAGGAUCGAGGCAACAAAAGCAGUAG